AUGAAAAAAUCCAAAUUUAGUUAUGUAUCAGUUUUAAUAAGACCAAAGCGAACAAUUAAGAUCAAACCUGUAACUCAUGCAAUUGCUCACUCAAUAUCAGACAAAAAGCAUCCUAAAGAUCCUCAGACCUUGUUAUCCACGAAUGUGCCAUUGCCAUACGAUCAAAUUCAAAUGAAUCAAUUAUCCUCCGUUAUGUCACCGGCAUCCAAUGAUCUUGAAUUAUCAUCGAAACCAAAUGAUAUUAAAUUGUCAUCACAACACGUAACCACAACAACAACGAUAACAGCAACAACAACGACAACAGCAACAACAACAACAGCAACAACAACGACAACAACAACAACAACGACCACAACAACAGCAACAACAACGACAACCGCUACCACGACUACUACACCUUCACUCGUGACCAUAACACAACCAGGUAAUACAAUUGUUGGCAUUUGUCAUACGGUAGCUGGUGGAUCUAUUGGUGGAUCUGGCGUGAAUUAUCCAGGCACUGAAAUUCCAGCGUAUGCUAUCGAUGGUUUAUUAACUACAAAAUACCUCAAUUUUGGAGAUUCAUCAUCCGGUUGUUCUGGUUCAAGUCCUGCUGGAUUAAAUACUGGAUUUUAUGUUACCCCUAAUAUAAGUAAUGCAUCUGUUGCUGUUGGUCUUAUUUUUGCGACUGCAAAUGAUGCUUCUAAUCGUGAUCCAAUAACAGUAACUCUUGAAGGAACAAAUGUAACAACUACUGCAGCUCUCAAUACCGGAACAAGUUGGACAUUGAUUUACAACGGUUCAACAGGUAUUAUUGCAUCAACCGAUCCCGGUCGUAAAACAUAUGUUUCUCAACAAAGUUUCUCGAAUACAAUUGCCUUUAGAAGUUAUCGACUUCUUGUUACUUCAAAACGUGGUAGUGACAAUUCAGUUCAAUAUGCCGAAGCUCAUAUAAUUGGAUAUAUUUAA